AUGGAUAGUCAGAGAACGAAACUUCGGGUUGGUGACAUAGUACUGCUUGCAGAUGAACGACUGCAGCUGGAUGAAUGGCCCCUGGCGAUCAUCAAAGAAUGCCUCCCGGACGAGGACGGGCUCGUACGCACGGUUAAAGUGAAAAAGGCAUCCGGCGAAACCCUGCGAGAUAUCCGCCGAAUCUACUAUCUAGAGGGAGAUAAAGUGGAAUUGACCGGGAACCCAAGCAGCUGA